UCAUAAUAGCCCUGUUGGUAUGUUGAGCACUGGUCAGGACAGUGAUUUAGUGAGGAAGUAGUUUCUCUACUGAUUUGUUGUUCGUGAGUGUACAAGUGAACUAGUUUGAUUCUUCGUUAUACUGAUUGGAGUGACUCUCUGAAGAGGAGGUGAAUUUGAAGAGGUGAUUUGUUGUUCGUGAGUGUACAAGUGAACUAGUUUGAUUCUUCGUUAUACUGAUUGGAGUCACUCUCUGAAGAGGAGGUGAAUUUGAAGAGGUGAUUUGUUGUUCGUGAGUGUACAAGUGAACUAGUUUGAUUCUUCGUUAUACUGAUUGGAGUCACUCUCUGAAGAGGUGAACCAUGAAGCAGAAACGAAAAAGGAAGCAUCUAGAAAGGACAAGUUCCCCCCAAACUGUCAAGAGGUCAAAAGACAAUACUCUGGUCCCUGAGGCAAAAGGUGAAUCCUCUGAAUCAGAAUACUUCUCCUGCUAUUCCUCCUUGAGUCAUCUGUCUUCUGCAGGAAUCUCAAAAUCAAGCAAAUUUGAUCCACCACCUGGCCACUGUUUGGAAGACAAUACUCUGGUUCCUGAGGCAAAAGGUGAAUCCUCUGAAUCAGAAUACUUCUCCUGCUAUUCCUCCUUCAGUCUUCUGUCUUCUGCAGGAAUCUCAAAAUCAAGCAAAUUUGAUCCACCAACUGGACCCUCUUUGGAAGACAAUACUCUGAUAUGUGAGGCUAAAGGUGAAUCCUUUGAAUCAAAAUACUUCGGCUAUUCCUUCUUGAGUCAUCUGUUUUCUGCAGGAAUCUCAAAAUCAAGCAAAUUUGAUCCACCAACUGGACCCUCUUUGGAAGACAAUACUCUGGUCCAUGAGGCUAAAGGUGAAUCAUCUGAAUCAAAAUACUUCUGCUAUUCCUCCUUGAGUCAUCUAUUUUCUGCAGGAAUCUCAAAAUCAAGCAAAUUUGAUCCACCACCUGGCCCCUCUUUGGAAGACAAUACUCUGGUCCCUGAGGCUAAAGGUGAAUCCUCUGAAUCAGAAUACUUCUCCUGCUAUUCCUCCUUGAGUCGUCUGUCUUCUGCAGGAAUCUCAAAAUCAAGCAAAUUUGAUCCACCACCUGGCCACUCUUUGGAAGACAAUACUCUGGUCCCUGUGGCAAAAGGUGAAUCCUCUGAAUCAGAAUACUUCUCCUGCUAUUCCUCCUUGAGUCAUCUGUCUUCUGCAGAAAUCUUAAAGAAGCAAAAGGAUACUCCACAGCCUGGUGAGAGUACCUCACAGGAAGAACACAGUGCCGUUGUCUCAAGUGACCUCCCCUGUGCCUCUGACAAUAAGAAUACGGAAGUCUUAAACACAGAUGAAGACAUUCUACUUUCUGGACCCUCUGGGUUGGCCCAAGGCCACAGCCAGAGGGCAGAAGUUUCAGACUCAGAAUAUAUUUCCCGUAUCUCUCCUGCAGACAAGCUCUUUGACAGAGGUAAUAUGGUGGGAGUGGAGGGGCUGGGGGGAAAUCAGGCAGAGAG